GGCGGCGCUGCCGCUGGGCAUGGUGCUGGUGCAGGUGUUCACGGUGGCGAUGCUGCUCCUCUCCAAGCUGGCCCUCAACACCGGCAUGCGACCCUUCGUCCUCAUCGUCUACCGCAACCUCAUCGCCGCCGCCGCCGUCGCGCCCCUCGCGCUCAUCUUCGAGAGGGAAAUGUGGAAAAAACUGAACUUGGUUGUGGGGGGCUGGAUUCUCCUAAAUGCUACAUUCGGAGUCGUCCUGGCAAUGGGGUUGUACUACUACGGGCUGCAGGCCACCAGCGCCACGUACUCUGCAAACUUCCUGAACCUGAUCCCCAUUGUCACCUUCGUCAUCGCUGUCGUGCUCCGGUCAGAGAAGCUAGCGCUGGGAAAGUGGCCUGGCAAGAUGAAGCUCCUGGGCGCGCUGCUGUGUGUGGGCGGGACGAUGGUUGUGAGCCUCAUUAAAGGCCGGCUGCUGCACCUGUGGCCUGCCCACCUGCUGAAAUACUCGCAUACCCAGCCACCGGUGAGCGCCACCGGCGUUCACCGCAUGGUCGCCGGCACACUCUUCUUGUGCGGCAGCUGCCUCAGCUACGCCCUGUGGUUCAUCGUGCAGGUUAGGCUUGCGAAGGUGUUUCCAUCAAGGUACUGGGCGACGAUGCUGACGUGCCUGCUGGGAAGCCUACAAUCCUUUGUGAUUGGCAUCUUGCUGAGCCACGACAGGGAUGAGUGGAAGCUCAACUGGGACCUGCAGCUUCUGACAGUCGUCUACUCGGGGGUGUUCAACACGGGCAUCACCUUCGUUCUCAUCUCGUGGGUGAUAAGUCGCCGGGGGCCGAUCUACCCUCCGAUGUUCAACUCGCUGUCGCUGAUCAUCACCACGAUCAUGGACUCUGUGCUGCUCGGCACCAACAUCUACUUGGGGAGCGUGCUGGGGACGCUGCUCGUCAUCGUGGGGCUGUACGCGUUCCUGUGGGGCAAAGGCAAGGAGCUGCAGCUCGCCGCAGCGGCGAAGAAGCAGGAGGCGCAGCAGCGACGACAGGGUGGAGACGAGAUGGCCUAGCAAUGUAGCCUGAUCUGAUACAAGAGAUUAGUUGCAGGCGAGCUAGCUAUAUAUUUGUAGGAUCGAUCGCUGGAUGAGGAUCCAAGAGACGGACAUCUUCGGAUGUAACGUGA